AUGAAUUCUGACAACUCAAAACUCCCAAUUCAGCCUCUGAAACUCUACCAAAUUGUAAGUUUUUUUUCUCGAAAUCCAUUAUUCAAUUGAUGAAAAUUAUAUUUUGCAGUGCAAUCUUCGAAUGAUUGAACAAAUGAUAGAAAAAAUAAAUCAGAGGCCAAAACAAACAGAUUUUCAAUAUUGGAUGUUUGGUUAUUUUCUUCAUUGGAUGUCGAAAAAAGCGAAUACUCAAGUAAAAUUUAUAUAUUAAAAUUGAUAUGAAGAGUUUGAAAAUUUCAAUGUUUUUUUUCAGGAAUCUUAUCAAUAUGUCUGUAAAUUGUUCAAAAAACUGUAUAUAUAUAAACAGAAGGUUUGGAAUAACUAUCCAAGGCUUGAAAACGGUAAAUUUAAAGCCUUGCAUUUGGAGAAGUUUUUCAAUGAUGAUGAAGAAGAAAUAGGUUUGUAAUUUAUACCAGGACUAAUAUUAGACCCAUAAAAAUGAAUUUCCAGUUUACCUGUAUGAUGCGCAUAUAAAUGAAGAACAAAUAGGUUUGUUUACACAUUAAAAACAGAACCAUAAAAAUAAAUUUUUAAAUAAAUUUCCAGCUCAACUGAUUUCUUCAAAAAGAAUGACCGAUUUCACAUUGGAAGAUAUUAUUAAACUUGGCAAUUUGAUAAAUGAAUACGAUGUUGUAGGAAUGAGUUGCCUCGAACCACCAUAUCCAUAUAUGCCAGGUUUCAAAAUAGUGAUUGAAAAUUUUCCUGGUGAAGUAUGUCUCCAAAAAAUGACAACAGAUUAUCAAUUUCUGAAUGCGGCAUCAUUGAUUCUAGAAGAAAAACUACAUGAUAAGUAUUCAACAAUGCUUCAUUCAGAUGGAGGGAUUUGUUCUGGACAAAAUCGCCUGCAUAUGAUUUUUCGAACACCAAACGAUCAAGCUGUAUUCAAUCAAUUUUUAUCGGAGUUUUUUAGCGGUUUGGACCAGGUACACUGUGCUCCAGAUUUGUGGCAUUAUUAUACUUGGAGAAACCCCUGUGUGAAAGAAACGUUGUAUUAUACGCAAAUGAAUCUUGACGUUCAUUUUAAAUUAAGAUGA